AUGGAGAGAUCCACCGAGAAGCCAAACAAUGCCCCCGGGCUACCACAGGCUGGGCAGGACGGCCCUGUGCCCGCAGAGGGGAGCAGUGGGGGACCCCUCAGGGCAACUGCUGCAGGCGGGAACAGGCUGGAACUCACUGGAGAAGGCACUAAAGAAACGGAGAGUCCUGCAGGCACGGAGCAAGGUGGUCCUGACACCUUCGCAGCAGCGCCCGCGGAAGGCGAGUGCCCGAACUCAAAGCCUCUCCUUACGGGCUCCAAGCCUCCCGCGGUGUGCAGCUUCGCGACGAGCCCCCCGAGCUCACCCCCGGCACACACGGACAUGGACUGCCUGAUCUGCUUCAACAAGUACAACAUCUACAGGGUGCCCAAGCUCCUGGAGUGCCAGCACAGCUUCUGCGCCGUCUGCCUCAAGCUGAUCCUGCGGCGGGAGCAGGGCGCCUGGCUCAUCACCUGCCCCCUCUGCAGGAAGGCCACCGCGGUGGCAGGCGGCCUCAUCCGCACGCUGCAGGACAAAGAGGACAUCAUGGAGCACUUGGAAAGCCCAGACUCAAACCUGGAGGUGCACAUCUCUGCCCUAGGGCUGGACAACACCAGCUGGACCCUGAGCAGCCAAGACACUUUGUACAGAGAGGACACUGCCCCGGCAGACAACAGGCUGGCCGUGCAGAGGCUGGUGCUGCUGCUGCUGCUGCUGGUGAUCCUCACCAUCCUCAUCCUCCCCUUCAUGUACUCUGGCCUGAUCAAAUGGGUGAUUUGCCUGAUGCUCACCCUGGGCUUGCUCAUGUCGAUGGUGCUUUGCUGCACUCCUAAGCUCUACUGGAGGUGUAACAGGGACUCGCUCACCUCCUGCCACAAGGAGACCCACAUCGCUGCCAUCGCCUGA